AUGUCGCGUCAAGAUGACUGUAUGAUGAUGCUGCAGGGGCAAGAGGAAUGCUACUGGAUGUAUGUAUAUGUGGAUGAACAGGUUGAAGGUGUUGUUGAUGGUGAUGAUGGUGAUGAUGGUGAUGAUGGUGAUGAUGGUGAUGAUGGUGAUGAUGGUGAUGAUGGUGAUGAUGGUGAUGAUGGUGAUGAUGGUGAUGAUGGUGAUGAUGGUGAUGAUGGUGAUGAUGGUGAUGAUGGUGAUGAUGGUGAUGAUGGUGAUGAUGGUGAUGAUGGUGAUGAUGGUGAUGAUGGUGAUGAUGGUGAUGAUGGUGAUGAUGGUGGUGGUGAUGGUGAUGAUGGUGGUGGUGAUGGUGAUGAUGGUGAUGGUGAUGGUGAUGGUGAUGGUGAUGGUGAUGGUGAUGGUGAUGGUGAUGGUGAUGGUGAUGGUGAUGGUGAUGGUGAUGGUGAUGGUGAUGGCCCCCUGCGGGUCCGGGGGUUAGAAUAG